UCUUCCGUUUUCUGUUACAUUUAAAACAACAGUUCUCCUCGAAACGCACCGCGUAGUUAUUCUUAUCUGCGAUCUAUGAAAGGAAAAACGUGGUUUCGACGAUAAUAUUAAUUAAUAUCUCGAUCUAAAUCAUAAAUUUUACUUAUCUCGUCCGUCAUAAAUCGAGCAUCAUGGAGCCCAUUCCGCGUCCUGUCCCCAAUAAUCAUCACGAAGAUGAGAAUGAUAUUCGACCGAACGAUAAUGCCAUUGGAAGAGAUAAUCAUAUAGAAAUUGAAAAUGAUAUUAUACCAAACGAUGACGCUUUAAGAGAAAAUAAUCAUCUCGAAAAUGAGGAUGAUAUUGAACCAAACAAUGUCAUUGGAGAAGAUAACAUGGAAUUUGAAGAUGAUAUUGAACCAAACAAUGUCAUUGGAGAAGAUAACAUGAGAUUUGAAGAUAAUAUUGAACCAAACAAUGUCAUUGGAGAAGAUAACAUAACAUGA